AUGAGCGAUGAGGAUGGAACCGAAAAACUGAAACGAAUGGUCUAUAUCUAUGACAGUAUGACGGCAAAAGAGCUGGACUCGGAUGGCAAGAUUUUGAUCUCCCAGCCUACAAGGAUGGUGCGGAUAGCGUGCGGCUCGGGGACUAGCGUACGAGAUGUGGAGGAACUCCUCACCCAACAUAAAGUGAUGGCCUCCCUGGCGAAAAAUAUGGGCGCCCAGAAGAAGAACAUGCAAAGAGCUCAGUCCAUGAUGCAAGGCGGCAACAAAACACAGCAGAUGGCGGCAUUGCAAAAGAGGAUGGCAAGCAUGGGCCAGGGCCGUGGAGGGUUCCCUGGGGGAGGAGAUAUGGGCAAGAUGAUGCAACUUCUCCAAGGGAUGGGAGGUGGAGCUGGAGCUGGAGGUGGGAUGGGCGGGAUGGAUAUGAACGCCAUGAUGCAACAAUUCGGUAUGGGCGGGAAUGGAGGUCGUGGCAGGUGA